AUGCCGGCUCGUUCAAGUAUAUACAUUAAAUUAUAUACUCCGGCGGCUGAGAAACCCGAAGCUCUCAGAAUGUCUCUGCAUACUGGAGGACAUCGGCAUGGGAAUGAUACAGAGACGGUUUAUGAGCCGGUCGUGAAGUCGAACAAUGGUUCUCGUGAUGAAAGGGGUAACAAUAGUUCGGUGGAUAAAGUGGAAACGGGGAAUGCUUCCAGUCUAGAUCCAAAAAAGUCGGUCGAGAUGAGCGGCAGUGUUUAA